CUUAAUAUAAUUUAUUGUGGGAUGAACGGAUUUCAUAUGGCGACUUAGACUGCAAAUUGAGCUCGACAAUAAUGUUAAUAUAGGAGAGCAGUAGAUGCAUUGUUUCGGUGCGAUAUCCUCAAAGUGCAUCCAAGGAGGACUGUACUUUCAUUUAGACGCCGUUAUUUCUUUCACUUAUUAAACACGCAUUAAAACAAAUAAUAAAACUAUCUUCAAACAAGUGCUUAAGUAAUUCAAACACAAAAAUUAAUAUGAAAUAUUACUAAACAAUUACGAGCGACUAGCGAUUUUACAAAAGUUGCGAAUAAAAAAUUAAGUAAGUACUUGCGGGGAGCUACCGGCUGGCCGCAUGAAAAAUAUAAACACAAAUACCUAUAUUAAAAUUCAGACGUACCAUAGGUAUAAAAAUGUACCUAGCGGCCAGGACAUACGGUUCAAAAUCACUAGGAAUAAUUCCGUGUCGCUUGCUCAUUUAUUUUGCGUAGAUCGGUCUGUCUCGCUCGCUCGGUUCCGUUCGUGUAUUAAGCAACAUUACACGACAAAGAAAGAAACAUGUUGGGUGAUAGUGUGAUGUUUGUUCCCUUCGCGUAAUGUGUGAUGUUGCAUUACAUCGUAGAGUAAUAUUACCCGAGUAAUAUCACUCGCAUUACUUACACAUGUCUAAUGUGGACACUUUUUCAACUUGUCCCCUAUAGAGGAUGGUGCGCCUUAGUUCUAUCCUCCAUAUUAUUUAAUUGCAUUCCUUUACUUUUCAUAACUCAUAAGUCAAGGAUAUUUUUACUUUUAAUUUGACAUGAUUUUGCUGCUUUAUUAAGGGUAUAAUCUAUGGACUUGACUUUAUUGGCAAUGUUUCCUUUGCCUGUCUUUUGAACGAAUCAAUUUGAAGUCAAUGGUAAAUUGAAAUUUAUUUGUGUAAUGCAAUUUAUUUUGAAUGUAAUGUUUAUUGUUUAGCUUAUUUUCUAUACAUACGGUGCAGUAUAAUGUCCAUAGAAACGGUGCCAAAAGAAUUACGCGGGUUGCGAGCAUGCCUGGUCUGCUCUUUGAUAAAGACAUUUGACCAAUUUGAAUAUGAAGGCUGUGACAAUUGUGAUGAAUUUCUUCGCAUGAAAAGUAACAAAGAUAAUGUCUAUGAUUGCACAAGUAAUAACUUUGAUGGAAUGAUUGCAGUAAUGAAUCCUGAAGACAGCUGGGUUUGCAAAUGGCAGCGAAUUAGUAGAUUUUGUAAAGGAGUUUAUGCAAUAUCUGUUUCUGGAAGGUUGCCAGCAGGUGUAAUAAGAGAAAUGAAGAGUCGAGGUAUUGCCUAUCGCCCAAGGGACACAAGCCAGAGAUAAAAAUGUUUAGUAUUAAUGUAAAAUAAAAAAAUGUAUUAAUACUUAAUUAAAAUAAAUUGUUCGGAGACUAAUAAUGUUAAA